AUGCCUAAUUCGCACAAACCUCAUUUCUUGAAGCCUCUGCUUCCCGAUUUCCACAGUGGCGUGACAAUACCACUUGGCUUCUUCUCACAGCACAUAGAAGGGAAGACAAACCGGAAAACAUGGAAACUAAGAUCGGACGCUACAGAUCAAACUUGGGAAGUGAUACAAGAAGGCAGGAGACUCACCGGAGGUUGGAAAGAUUUCACCACAGCACAUGACCUUCAAAUCGGUGACAUUGUCAUCUUCAAACACGAAGGAGAUAUGGUGUUUCAUGUCACACCAUUUGGUCCUAGCUGUUGUGAGAUUCAGUAUACACAUCCUCACAUCAUCAAGGAAGAAGCCGAUGCGGAUGAUGCUCCUUCUUUCUCAUUUGACUAUUGUUUUCAGGCUGAGGUCACUGCUUCGAAUCUAAAAGAAGACAAACUUUAUCUUCCUGAGGGAGCUACGACUUGUACUGCUUUGAACAAACAAUGCCAAGAGAUAAUACUUGUCAACAAAGAGGGAAAUUCAUGGACUGUGAGUUUGCGAUUUAGCGAAGCAGACGGCAUGUAUUACAUCAGAAGAGGCUGGAGAAAGUUCUGUCGUGCUAACAGAUGCGCCAUAGGAGACUUAUUUGUGUUCAAUGUGGUUGGAGAUGGGAAAACUACUCCACUAAUGUGUGUAUGUCCGGAAAGGGAAGAGUGA